AUUCGCGAUGCAUAUUAGGGCGUCGAUUUGUUGCUCCUUCCCCCUUAAACCUCGACCGCACGCCGCUCCCGGAGCUUCCUCUCUCGCUCCUCGUCGCUCCACGCCAUAGCCCUCGGAGCACCGCGAAAAGGAGUUUGCUAUGGAGCAUGGCUCUGCGACAGAUUCGAGCUCCUCGACGUUUUCCUUGAUGGAUGAGGACCAUACGUUAGCGAACUCUGUCAGAUACACACUAAAUCAAGAUCCAAGGGUGAUAUUUUGUGGGUAUAGCAUUCCUCAUCCUUCAGAGAACAAGGUCAACAUACGAGUUCAGACUACAGGUGAUCCAGCAAAGGAUGUGCUGAAGGAUGGAUUUCAGAAUCUGAUGGUUAUGUGCCAACAUGUUAGGUCUACAUUUGGAAAGGCAGUCGAUGAUUUCAAGUCUUCUGAAGGAAUGAAGAUUGAUACUCCAUGAAAUCCAUCUCUUCACCCUGCCAGUGCUGAAUCGUGCCCUAUGUAAUCAGAUCUUCAUCGGUUGCCGUGCAACUUUUAUUUGGAUUAAUAUUUCACAGCUGGGUAUAACAAGGAAACGAGUUGCUUUAUUUGGGUUUAGUUUAACUAGGGUUUAGUUUAAAUAGGCUUUCUACCUGUAGCCCCCUUUUGUUUUUAAGAUGAUGAGAUCACUUGUGUUGCUUUUGUAAUAUCAUCCAUCCUUCACAUUCUUAUGCUUGGUUCUAUCAUUGCCCCAUAAAAAAAAGGGUCUCUUUACUUAGUGA